UGUCUGGUCUCCGUGGGUUCGCGUUUCUGGCGCCUGAAUACCUCGAAACCUGCGCAAUGCUGUUGAUCACCGGCGUGUUUGCUCUGCUGCUGGCUUCGUGCCCGGGCAAUGCACAACAGAUUGUAAGAAAUAACAAUAUGAGAAUCAUGGGUGGAUCUAAUGCGGAAAUUGAAAAGUUUCCAUAUGUGGUCAGUAUGUUCAUGGAGAAAGAAAAUGUGACUUUUGGGUGUGGUGGAUCAAUCAUAUCACACAAUUGGGUUCUUUCAGCUGCUCAUUGCACAAUAGGCUACUCGGUGGUGAAACUGCAUGUGGGGAGCAUAAACCUGGUGUUCGCAGAGACCGAUCACCUAUCCGCACAAAUCAUCAACCACCCCGACUUCAAUAGUAUCUUUUUAUACAACGACAUCAGCCUCAUCAAGGUGGCCCCUCCAUUCGUGUACAGCGCCACUGUCCAGCCUGCCAAACUUCCAGCAGCCGACGCCCCAGUAGCUGUUGGCACAAUGGUCACAGCCAUCGGCUGGGGAAACACUGAUGAAAAUGGCACCUCGUCGUCCGUGCUAAUGAAGGUGAGUAUACCAGUCAUCUCGAACACAGAGUGCGUCCCGUAUGUAAACUACCUUAUGUCAUCUCAGAUGUGCGCGGGGUACAGCGAUGGAGGCAAGGACGCCUGUCAGGGCGACUCCGGCGGCCCUGUGGUGGCCGAAGGUGUCCAGGUGGGCAUAGUGUCCGGUGGCCAAGGAUGCGGUCGGCCCAACUCGCCAGGGUUGUACACCAGAGUGAGCGCCUUCCGAGAGUGGAUACGUGACAACACCGGCGUCUAGGAGACACCGAAUGAUCCGUUAACAAAUGUGCUACAAGCUGUUAUUCUCACGGCGUUUCAACAUGUAAAACAGUAUAUCUCAGUGUUUUAUUAAAGAUAUGUGGCGCGUGUGGCGAAAUCA